ACCCGUUCAACAUUGUGCCGUUGUACUUUGCACAAACAACAACAGUGGGAGCAGUGCUGCAAACCCUGGGAGAGCGUGAUUAAGGAAGCCUGGCAAACGGAAGCGCGUGCCGCAAAAGUUUACGGAAAUAAAAUAACAGAAGCAAAAAAAAACACCACUUGACCCGCAGCUUGAAAAAAAAGUUCAAUUAUUAUUCUAUUCAAAGAACAAAUAAGAAAAGAAAGUGCAGUUAAGUGAAGUCCAUAUAUACCGAUAUGUGGCCCAACUUUUUCGGCGUUAUUUCGCUGCUUUGCCUUGCAUUAUUCUGUGCCUGGGCACAAGCUGGACCAGUGCCAAUUGUGAAUGAGCAUCAACAGCUCAUGCCCAAGGUGCCCCAAUGGCAUUGUUUGCGUUACUUUAAGCACGAUGUUCUGAUGAUGCGUCGCUGUCGACAUUUGCGUGUUCCCACGGCGCCACGCCUUGGAGAUACGCUCAUACGCAAGAAGAAAUAGAGAGUGUGACGAUCAGGUGACGAUCACAGCAACAACAACAAAAAUUGCACCCGACUGAACAACAAGACGAAUUCCAAUUACAAAUAGAAUUUCAACAGGAUUUAUAACAAGACCAAAAAGCUAAACCAAAAAUAAUAGAUAUAAUAAUUAUAUAUUAAUAUACAUUCACAUAUAUAAACAUAUAAAUAUAAACAUUUAUUAUGUUAUAUAUAUGUGUAUUUACUCCAAACUAACCUUAAGUCUAACCACUUGUACUUCAUAGCACGUAAGGUUUCAAUAAAAAGAUGAAAACCCCAAGAAGGGCGAGAUAUA